CAAAAGUAAAAGGCUAUGUCAGCGCCCCUACAGAAAUUGAUGGUAACGAUUGAAGUAAACAUACGAGGAGCGCCGAACGUCGAACGAAAUAUACGCAUUUCAAGUGGGAAUUUAGAACAGCGAACAACCUGUCACGUGAAGAAAAACUUUCGAAAUACCCGAAACGAAACUGACGAAAUCAUGGUCGCUCUAGUAUCCACUCUCAAGGCUGCACCAUCUCUUUAUAAUUUUACGGCAAUUGCCGUAAGGAAAUUAUCCACGAAUCUACAAUUAAAUCCGAAAGAUGAGUCCAGAGAAAUUGUCAUCAAAUAUCUUGACGGAAAGGACAAUGGCAUCGCUGUUCUUGGUCUCAAUCGACCCGAAAGCAAAAACGCAUUGGGUAAGAGUUUAGUUGCACAAUUUUAUGAAUCCCUCGCAACUAUCAAGGCGGACAACAACAUUAGAACAGUCAUUGUACGGAGUAUGGUGCCCAAGGUAUUUUGUGCUGGUGCUGAUCUCACAGAACGAGCCUCGAUGGAUCCUAAAGAGGUAACAGAAUUUGUUACUUCUUUAAGAAAGCUCAUGAAUACUGUCGAGUCCCUUCCAACACCUGUAAUAACUGCAAUUGAUGGAGUCGCCCUCGGAGGUGGCCUUGAGUUGGCAUUAGCCUCAGAUAUUAGAACCGCAGCAAGUGAGGCCAAGAUGGGACUUGUCGAAACCAAACUAGCAAUCAUCCCUGGAGCUGGAGGCACGCAAAGACUCCCUAGGAUAGUGGGACCUGCAAUAGCUAAGGAGCUUAUUUUCACUGGAAAAAUUCUUGAUGGAGAACAGGCUGGAAGGCUUGGAAUCGUCAACCAUGUUCUACCUCAAAAUAGGGAUGGAGACGCCGCUUAUCAAGCCGCCCUAUCGAUAGCAAGAGAAAUUUUGCCCAAUGGACCAAUCGGCGUCAGACUGGCCAAAGUAGCGAUAAGUCAGGGCGUUGAGGUUCCACUGGAAGAUGGAUUUGAAAUUGAGAAAAAAUGUUAUACUCAACUUCUGGAUACAGAAGAUCGUAUAGAAGGACUUGCUGCAUUUAAAGCCAAGCGCGUUCCUGUUUACAGAGGGAUUUAAUUCGAAGUGUUAUUUCACGCUGUUUAUAACAAGCUGUGGUUCACUGGUUCUUGAUAAUGGAAAUAGUUUUGAUCUGCAGUCUGGAAUACCAAUUAUUUCAAUAACAUAAGAAUGAUUACUGGUCUUCGUGAGUCAGAAAUUAGUAAUCACAAUGCAGAGAAGACAAUUAAGACGAAUUUAAUUGGGAGAAUAUUUAUUUGAAAAUAAUUUAUAACGACAGUGGUUUCUGACGCAAAAUCAAGAUGCAGACUGCAGCAGACAUCCUUCAUCGCCAUCCAUAUUCAUACCCCUGCUUGUUUGUCCAUCGAUUCAAAGUAAUUAUCUGAUCGUUGAGAUGUAAGUUAAAGCAUCACAUAAUUCAUAUCGAUAUGAAUGUCGUAAAAGUUGAGAUGAUCAAUGAGAUAUUCAAGGGAAAAAUGGGAGUAAAAUUACGAAAAGUUUUUAUACACGUAAAUGUUUUCUAUUUUUUACGAUUAAGUUUCGCAACAAAAAAAUUUGUAACAUAUUUUUAAGUUUUUAUAGAUCUCUUUACACGAUGUUAAACUUUUUAUCUGCUAUAUCUUUGUUAAUAUUGCAAUUUUCUCUGUACUUUUAUAUUGCAGCAGAAAUUAUUGUUAUCUCUUGUUUUGAAGUAUUUGUAUGAUAGAAAUCGAAUCGUCAGCAUCAGUGCUCGUGAUCAUGUCAGAUGCCUGUCUGCACAUUCACGUGAAUCAUUGAUGUUUUGAAAAUAUUCCGAUACGAGAUAAUAUUUGAUUUGAUUUGGUAGAAUUGCGGAUCCCAAUGAAGUAUCCAUCAAUAGAUUAAAUCCGUACUCGUAAUCUUUCAAAAUAAAUCACUUUCGAUUAUGAUGAUACUUCAUUUUAAUCAUUCGCGAUAUACGGAAUGAGCCAAAUUUCUAGUUGUUCCAUAUAAGUGUUUGUCAAGAUACUUAUAAUAAUAUGUGGAACUAAUAAUGAUACAAUAGUCGCUUUGUGAGCGAGGUGAAAAGAUUAAUAGACGUGAGUCUGAGCGACGUAUAACGCGUCGAUACGAAUGUGAAUAAUAACUGCGUACCUUUCAUUAUUUUUACAGCUUAUAGUUUAGGUUUUCAUAUUCAUAGUGGAAUAAGGGAAACGGGCAUUUUAUAAUACUGUAACUGUACACCCAUACGUUACCUACAUACAUAUACGAUUUUUAAACGCGCCGUACUAUUCGAGGCAAAGUAACUUUUUUAUUCCCAGAAGUAGUUUCGUUAUUCAGAGUUUUAAAUUUAUUUUUCGAGGAACGGAAUAAUACUGUAAAUAUACACUGUUUGAUAGCAUUAUGAUUUAAUAAAAUAAUUCUGAUAAUUAA